UAUUUAGCUCCGGAAGUUCUAAAGAAACAGCCGUACACCAAGUCAGUUGAUUGGUGGUGUCUUGGUGCCGUGUUGUUUGAGAUGCUUUAUGGCUUGCCACCAUUCUAUAGUCGCGAUACUCAUGAAAUGUACGAGAAUAUUUUAUACAAACCACUCAAACUACGGCCCACUGUAUCAGCUGCUGGGAGAAAUAUAUUAGAAGUUUUAUUGCAGAAGAAACCUCAGUUAAGACUUGGAUCUGGUGAAGCUGAUCUGGCGGACAUACAAAAACACGGAUUUUUUUCUUCAAUAAAUUGGUUGGAUCUUGAAAACAAACGAAUUCAACCUCCAUAUAAUCCGAAUGUGGCAGGACCUGAGGAUUUGAAACACGUUGACCCAGAGUUUGUUCGUGAACCCGUGUCGCGAUCGUUGAGGGGUUCCGAUAAGGUGAUGGCAAGCGUGUCGGAAGUAGAUGACGCUUUUAUCGGCUUCUCAUACGCCCCACCAGCAGAAGAUACUUUUUUAUCGUCAUAACUUUUUUACCCCGUGUCAUAAUGCACUUAUUCUUACCGUUUUACCCACGUGGCCAUAAGUUGGUCGUUUUACUGAGAAACAUUUUGAUCAGCAA